AUGGAACACCCUUUAUCGGCAACCUAUGGGUUGAGACUCGGCUCUUUGCUACAAUCAGCUGAUGACUUUCACAGGCAUAGACAUAGAAUCAACUUGAAAUUGAAAAAGCUUCGUCACGCACUUGGAAUUACAACAAGAGAUACAAGGAAUUACAAGGAGAAACAAAAGAUUAGCACAAUUUCGGCUGAGAAUUAUGACGAGUCAAACAAGUAUGGUGAGGUUAUUCUAUAUCAGAUCGAAAGAGAUUUAUUGUAUGCUGAGGAGACAAAGCUUCUUUUGGAUGUUCACGCCUCUAAAUCUAAGCAAAGAUUCCUCGUGUCCAAGUACAAGAAAGCGCUUUCGAAUUCGAAGCAUCUUUUGGAAGUUACGUCAGAUGAGAAGAAUAAGUAUGUUUUGUUAGAGCUGUUGACAUACAUUGCAAUUGUUCAGGGCUCUUUUUGCUUUAGCAGAAAGCACUGGGAUUCUGUGCUGAACAGCUUUUCGAUUGCAAGAUGUUCUCUUAACUGUUUGUACAAGUAUCAAGAGAACGGGUCUUCAAAUGUGAACAGAGAGCUUUAUCUCGACAUUAUUGAUAAUGUUGUUGAUCCAGGACUGAAAAUUGCCCAGCUGGAGCUGACAGGAUCGAGAAAUCCAGACUUAGGUUUGAUUUCUAGGGGUCAGGCUGCAGUGUUUGCUGAUACGUUUUCAUACUUGAAGCGUGCGGUUGAUAUUGUGAAGUCAAUUGAUCCAGAGCUUGUUAGUAUUCCAGACGAGACAGAGGCAGAAAAGCUAAUCACAUCUGUUUCGUGGCGUUCUUACACUGCCGAACUCAACUCUGCAGAUGAAGCCAAGGCUAUCAUGAAGGCUCAGAAGGCAGCUAGUGAGGUUGUCAACUCUGAUACUGCUUCAUUUGAUGCUGCUCUUCUUGCCUAUCAGAAUGCUUUAACCUUGAAAAAUCAAGAAAUUGGUAGGGGUGAUGCGUAUUCCAGCGAUGAGCAGAAGCAGGAGGCACAGAUUGUCCUCACAUACUUGAAGUAUAACUACUUGAUGCUAAGAAUCAGAAGAGAUGCUACUCUUCUUAGUGCUAUAACGGCGAAAGAGUCGAGUCCAUCGAAAUCUUCAAUUUUGCGUUACCUUAGAAACUCCUGGAAAAUACAAGAUGGUAUCUGCAGCUCACUUAAAGACAUCAGGGAGUUACCAGGUGUGGCAAAUGAUGAUGAUCUUGUGGAUACCUUAAGUUCCACUCAAUACUUUUACGAAAUAGCAAAGGUUUUGGGAUUGGCUCGAGGUUAUCUUGCAUCUGACAAAUGCUCACAAUCUCUUGCCUUGGCGGCAAAGGCUAAACAAAUUUGUGAUGGCAUUUCUCCACUUAAGGAGGUUCUUGCACCAGGUCUUCCAAAUAAUGAUGAUAUUAAAGAUAUACGGUCGCAAGUUGAUACAUUUUUCAGUAGAGCCCACAUUCUUACGGUUUAUCAGGAUAAAAAUCAUAAAAGUGGCAUACUACAGUAUCUCAUUGACCAAAUGAACAGAUUCCCGGAUACCACAGGCGAGGAUUUGCUCAAAACUAUUGCACCUCUUACACUAAAAUUAGAACCAGUUAACGUGAAACCUGUUCUCUUUGAUAUUGCUUUCAAUUACAUAGAUUACGGCGGAGAUGGCGUCAAGCCAACCGUUAUUGGUGUGGAAGACACAACUUCCGCUAAAGAAACACCUGCCUCUUCUGAAAAUGAUGAAAAGAAGAAGAAAGGUGGCUUUUUCGGCCUUUUUGGCCACUGA